CUUUAUCUACAACAUGCUGUUGUAAGUUCUGGUGAAAGGAGGCGUAUGCGAUUUUUCUAGCUUUCGCGAAUUCCCUAGUUCAUUAAUCAAUUAGUUCGUUUGCACGAUGGACUCGCCAGUGGACGGUGGAGACAAACUUCAACGAUCAGAAAUUACAAAAACAUCUUUCUCAUUCUCUGCGCGCAUCUCUUGUGGAAUUCAUUACCUUACAACAUUAGAACCAUGGACCCCUUAAAUGCAUUUAAAGCUCAGAUAAAAACUUUCUUGUUUACAGAGGCGACUACCAUAGUUCAAUGGAGAAACUUUCAAAAAGCGCAAUAGAAACUUCUCUUUUAGUAUUAUCGAACUAUAAGUAGAGGAUUAUUAUCACUAUUAUGUAGGAAACUCGUGGUGAUACACACAACAGCAACCGUAAUAUGAAAAUUUAUAAGAAGACGAAAUUUCAUCACAGACGUCACAUCCUUGAUGGAUUAUAAACGACAUUUAUAUGUAAAAGUUUCCUCUUGGUAAUUUCUAACGUCAAGAAGAAGACCAAUAGCUGUGAAAAUUGUGAAAAAAAAUCAAAUUUUAUUAUAAAUUCUGCUUACAAAACGUAAACAUGGGUGUUAUGAUGAUGUACGUUCGUGAUGGAUAGUAAUAAAAUAUGUAUAUGAUUUAAAGAUAAUUUCUGUGUAGAAAUUGUUCCGCCUCCGCCUUGAAUACGCCUCUUACCGCCAAAUGAAUAUAUGUCUUCAACGAAGUCUUCUUACACGCAUAAUUUGAAAUAGAUUAUCACGACGACUGAUGCUACAAGGGUUGGUUGGUUGUCGUGUGUAAGAAUGCUACAUGGCUUCAAGGUUUACUAUGGAUUCUGUUGUUACAGCUGACUCGAUUAGAAAUGAUAUAUUAUCAUAGCAGGUGUAUAUUAGUGCCGGCUGUAAGGAUCUUUCCAGAUUGUGAGAUUUCUGACUCUUGGGGCACAGGAAACAUCUCUAUAUUUUAAGAACUUUGAGCGAAGAUGGAAUUACUUGCCUCAGAAGAACAUUUUUAUCAGUGAUAGCCGCGUGGUAUUCAAAUUUUGAGACUGUUUUAUUUAUUUCUUAAAAUAUCAUAUUUUACGAAAAUGUCCAAUUUGUCGUGUGAUGUUAUUCUCGCGGAUAAGGCCGGACCACCGCCGUUUUAUUCUGCUGCCGUUCGAUACGUCAUCGGUGCAAUUUUAAUGUUCGUCCCCAUAACGACAAUAGUUGGUAAUGGCAUUGUGAUCACCGCUUUUGCGACACAUAGAAGACUAAGGAACAUUACUAAUUCGUUUGUGGUGUCGUUAGCCAUAGCGGAUAUAGGUGUCGCUGUAAUUGUUAUGCCUUUUUCUAUUUAUCAACAGUUGAAUAAUAAGGCAUGGGCACUCGGAUACAGUAUGUGUAUAGUGGUGACAAGUUUUGAUGUGAUGUUAUGCACUAUUUCUAUAUUCCACCUUUCCUGUUUGGCCAUAGACCGUUACUUAGCAAUAUGUCGGCCAUUUUUACACGAACGCAUGACGAAAAACAUUGUAAUGAUGAUGUUGAUCACGUGUUGGGUAUUUCCCGUCUCUAUCUCAUUCAUUCCCAUUAUGAAUGAAUGGAAUCUCAUUGGUAUAGAGGAUUACUAUAAGUGUUUAUUUCCGGACGGAGCUCAGAUGUGCGUAUUCGUCGUCAAUAUUGCGUUCGCCAUCGUCUGUUCAGCUGUUGCUUUCUACGUUCCUGUCGUAUUCAUGAUCAUUUGUAAUAUCAAAAUUUACAUGGCCGCCAGACGUCAGGCAAUGCAGAUCCGAAGUCUGGAUGUUGUCGGCAACAGUAAGGGAAAGGGAAAAUUCAAACAGGAAACUAAGGCAGCGAAAACAUUGGGAAUUAUUAUGGGAUGCUUUAGCGUGUGUUGGUUUCCGUUUUUUAUAUUCAACGUUAUUGACCCUUUAAUUGGAUAUAAAAUUCCAUAUAACAUUUGGAUUGUUGCCCUUUGGUUGGGAUACAUCAAUUCCAUGAUGAACCCAUUCCUUUAUUAUUACUUUAACCGCAGUUUUAAGGCGGCGUUUAAAAGGAUUUUCAGAUGCCGCAUCUGUAAGGGAUUCAGCGAAUACGAAGAUGACUAUGUUUCGGGUGUCACGACAGGCUCGGAGUGACUGAAGACAAAGCCAUUAAAGGUUUCGUAAGUUGUGAUUGAAAUUUAGCUAACUGACACUGUAACUAUGAUUUACAGCCAUGAAAGCAAUAAACGCACAAAAUCGGUUAAUGCGCCUUUGUCGGAGAAGUUGUUAUGUAAACUUAAAAGUUAUUUCGUUUGUGAUUGAAUAACUUUGCUUGUUGCUCAAGAGGAACUAUAUGUGAUAAGAAAGUGACGUGUGAUCUUUCUGUGUGCUACGUAGAACGUAGAGCAGACUGAACAGAAACUUAACAACUGCUCGACUGAAAGGCGUUUACCUAUAAGAAACUAGCCUAGUUCCAUCUUUGUGUUGCGGAAACUCGUAAUACGGGGAAAUGUUAUGGCCUGUUUUUUAAAAUUAUGAUGGGUUGUGUAAAUAAGAAAUGGAUUGUCAAAAUUGCGUGCAAUUAACUGUACCUCUAAUUACUGUUAUUUUCUGUGACUGAAAGUGGAAUUUGGCGGAAAUAGAACGAAAGUCAGAAAUACAGAGUUCUGAUAAACAAUGUACGAUCUCUCAGCUGCGUUAUAUAAGAGUAGUAACGAUAAAACCACAGGUGUCAACAAGAGGAGAUAAUUUGUAUAUUUAUUUAAAAUAAGUUUGUACAAAUUCGCAUAAAUUACUAUAUUGUUUGUUAUCUCGAGAAUAUUAAUUCUAAUUUAUUAUUUUAUAACUUGACUUUGUAUGUUCGGCAUCACAGGUGUUUAGCCUUUAGUAGUCAUCUUUACCUGACCUAUACCUUGAAACCUCUAUUAAUUAUCUCACACCAAAUGCGAUCUGUAGAUAUCAGUUAUUUUGUAUUAAGACACAAUUACAGGUCUACUGAAUAAAUACAAAUGAUAAACAAAUCAACGAAAACAAAAUGACAAGCCGACACAUUUUGAUUAAUGUUCAAGAUUGUACUAUACUAAUAAUUUUGGUUCCUCUGCUGUUUGGACCAGGGACAAACGCUUCUUAUCUGGUCGACAUUAAACUUGACCCGCUUGUUCCUUGGACAAGUAAGAUAUGUUGUCACAAUUCUAAGAUGGCGGCGAUGACGUCAUGCUUGGUUCCUGGUCCAUAGUAUUUGUUUUAACACAGACAUUACUUACACUGGAUUUUGAUCCAUUCAUUCUAAUACAAACAUCAGGACUUAACAAUAAUACUUGAAUUUUAUUAAAACGAAUUUUAUGAAAUGGGUAAAUUACCUACCUUUUAAAAGCCCCGUUGUUAACCUUUGUAUAAAUUGUGAACCCAUCCCCUCAGUGUACAUUUCUAUUAACAUUCAUCAUACACGACUGUCAAUCAUCUAAUUCAUUGAAAAUAAACUCAACUUUGUUAUC